AUGGUUGGCCUAGGGCCGAGUGAUCAAGGAUGUGAUUCCUUUGAUGUGUGUAUGGUGGCACGUGAAACUACACCGAGUGCGGUCGGCCGUGAGAGCACCGCACUGAAUGUCGGUAAUGACAUUUUUGGCGAUACGCCAUUUAGUGUGGGCGGCCGUGAAGGCACCACGCUUAACGUCGGUAAUGGCGUUGUUGGCGAUUCGCCAUAUAGUGUGGGCGGCCGUGAGGGCACCACACCUAAUGUCAAUACUGAUAUUGUUGGCGAUACGCCGUAUAGUGCGGACGGCCGUGAGGGCACCACGCUUAACGCCGGUAAUGGCGUUGUUGGCGAUACGCCGUAUAGUGUGGGCGGCCGUGAGGGCACCACACCUAAUGUCAGUAAUGAUACUGUUGGCGAUACGCCGUAUAGUGUGGACGGCCGUGAGGGCACCACACCUAAUGUCGGUCAAGACAAAAGCUCUCGUAUAGAGCGUCUCGAAGAGACAAUCGAGACGCCGAGUAGCAGCUGUAAAGCGCCAGGCGUCCUCACAGUCACAUAG